CUCAGCCCGGCAGAGCAAGGAGAAAGACCACAGUCACUUGACUACAUGGUUACAGCAUCAUUAACAGCUAAUAAAUGCAAGUAGGCACAAGCAAAAAGUGAAAUACGUAUAACGUUCCUGUGAUCAACAAAAAUCUGCGAUGGCGAUUCUACAGCAGUUUGCACUUCUGGCAUUAUUAAUCAUUUUCUGCACUUCAUGCAAGGCUGGUACAUUAGAAGUAAAUAGUGCUGAAGUAGGCCUUAACUAUUCUUCGAAGGCAUCAGCCGCUGAGGAUACUGGUACCUCUACCAACGGUUCCACCGGUGGACAUGGCACUUCGGUAAUCACUACAUUACCUAUUGUCAUCUGGAAAUGGCCUCAUGUGGAAACUCCAUACCUGGUGGCCCUCUGGAUUUUGACCUGUUGGCUCUGUAAAUUAGUUUGUGAACUGAAUCACAGCAUCACCAGUGUGAUCCCAGAGAGCGGUCUGCUCAUUAUCCUGGGCUUUGUUUUGGGAGGAAUCGUCUGGGGAGCAGACAAGGCGCAGACUUUCAAACUGAUCCCCGUCAACUUCUUCUACUACUUGCUUCCCCAGAUCGUCUUGGAUGCAAGCUACUGCAUGCCAAACAAACUGUUCUUCAGCAACCUGGGAGCCAUUCUGGUCCAUGCUAUUAUCGGGACGUGCUGGAAUGCGGGCACAGUUGGCAUUGCACUAUGGGGCUGCUAUGAAGGGGGUGCAAUGGGGAACUUGAACAUCGGCCCUCUACAGUUCCUGCUGUUUGGUGCACUAAUGUCUGCCGUGGACCCUGUGGCAGUGAUUGCCGUGUUUGAGGAAGUGCACGUGAAUGAAGUGCUUUACAUCCUGGUGUUUGGAGAGUCGCUGCUCAAUGAUGGCGUCACAGUGGUGCUUUAUAACGUGUUUGAUGCAUUUGUGUCUCUGGGGGGCCCAAAGAUCAACGCCGCAGAGAUUAUCAAAGGAAUAGUUUCAUUCUUUGUUGUGGCAUUUGGAGGCUCGUUUCUUGGUGUUGUGUUUGCCAUCCUGAUAUCAAUGCUGACCAGGGUCACCAAGAACGUCCAGGUCAUCGGAGCCGGCUUCAUCAUCGUGCUUGGCUACUUGUCUUACCUGACGGCUGAGAUGCUCUCCCUCUCUGCUAUACUUUCGAUCACAUUCUGCGGUGUCUGCUGUCAGAAGUACAUUACCGCAAACAUGGAUGAGAAAUCUGUCACCACGCUACGUUACUCUCUAAAAGUGUUGGCCAAUGGCUCAGAGACAAUGAUCUUUGUCUUUCUGGGAGUUUCAGCUAUUGACAAAAACAUUUGGGUGUGGAACACUGGCUUCAUCCUCCUCACAAUCCUCUUCAUUGUUGUAUUCAGGUUCAUGGGUGUUUUCUUCCUCAACUGGGUGCUGAAUCAGUCUCGCUUAAUUCCUAUUGACCUCACAGACCAGUUUGUAAUGGGCUACGGUGGCCUGCGAGGAGCAGUGGCGUAUGGACUUGCAGCCUCUUUAGAUGAGAAGAAGAUCCCAGAGAAAAAUCUAAUGCUUGGUACCACGCUCAUUGUAGUGUAUUUCACUGUCAUUCUUCAGGGGAUCACCAUGAAACCACUGGUCCAGUGGCUGAAGGUUAAGAAAGCAACUCAGUCGGAUCUGACUCUAAAUGGAAAAAUUAACAACAGGACCUUUGAACACAUACUGACAGCAAUGGAGGACAUCUGUGGCCGAAUGGGAGACAACUGGUGGACCAGACAUUGGAACUAUUUUGAAGACAAGUAUGUCUGCUGGCUGCUAAUGAAGAGCGAUGCCAGAAAGCACAAAGACCCAAUCUUUGGUGCCUUCCACAAACUCAAUCUGGAGGAUGCCACAAAAUAUGUAACUGAGGGUGAAAGCAAAGGUUCUCUGGCUUUCAUUCGUAAUUGUGACAGUGCAUCUGUAGACUUCAAGAAGAAGCUUGCCUUAGAGUAUGCAGACAUCAUGCCCGAUAUCAUGGCUGACAUGUCAGAAUAUGAUUUUGGCAUUGACAAUGUUCCAGUGACCUCUGUCAUGAAGAAUCCGAUUCCCUCUGUAUCCCUGAAUAUCCAUGAGCUAGACAAGAAAAGCGUGUCUGAUGACCUCAAUGCCCAUCAUAUACUAGAUCAGCACCUGUACAAGAGCAGAAGAUAUAACCGUCCCACUUACAGCCGCAGUCACUAUAACACCUCCGAGAAUCCAGAUGAAAUGCAGGAGAUCUUCCAAAGAACUAUGAGAAGCCGCCUUGAGUCCUUCAAAUCGACUAAGAUGGGUGUCAACCCCGCCAAAAAACUCUCCAAACAUCCUAAGAAGGAUUCAACACAUAAGCCUAAUGGAAAGCCAGCAGACCCACACAGAACCCAUCCAUAUGGAGAUGAAGAUUUUGAGUUUUCUGCGGACAGCGCCUCUAGUAGUGAAAUUGCUGGUCACUUCCCUAGAAGAAACACAAGCACACCUGGUGCUGGUGUCGAUAAUCCAGCGUUCAUACCCGAGAUGGACACGUCUCCACCCAUGCGAAACCCACCUUGGCAAACAGAGACAGGAAACAACACGGCUGUGGCACCUUCCCAGAGAGCUCAGGGUCGACUGCCCUGGACGCCCACCAACCUGAGACACCUAGCACCGCUGAGAAUGAGCACCCGCUCCACAGACUCCUUCGCGAUGGCCGAUGCUUCAGUUGAUGACGAGACUCCUGAGGAAAAGCCCGGAGCACAUACUAGAUUGUAAUCUGAUAUAUUUCCAUCCACCAGCAUUCACCUGCCAAACCUGCGAUUAGGUUAAUCCUUUAAAACCGAGACUACGUUUCAUUUGAGGCAGUUAAUAUGUCAUGAGCCUAGAGAUUAAGGAAUCAUAGUGUUGAUUCAUCAUAUAUCUUUAAAUAAUUUAGAAACACGUGCAGCAGUAACCUGAAGUCAUGCUGCUGCGGGUUUCUUCUCUGUAAGGCUUUAUCUACUUACAUGAAAAAUCGAAGGGAAGAAAAGAAAGAAGAGACGUUGUCAAUGAAGUACUUAUGUGUGUGGUCACGGAGUGUUCUUGAGGGUUUCUUUAUACAAAUCCACGUUUUUGUGGAAGCUGUUAUGGCACUUUAUCACUAAAGAAGUGAAUGCUAGAGAAUAGAAAACACUGAGCUCAAAAGACAAAAUCAUUAUACUCAUAUUUUCUUUACGAACUGAGUGACAAAUGAGAACUAAGAAGCAACUGCUUCUGUGCUCAGGCACAUCUUGAUAUUUUUUGACCUUGAAUAUGUUGGUCUAUAUACAUUUUUAAACUCAGCGUGUUGUGUAUUUAUUAUUGCAUAGCCAUUCUGUGGGUGCUUCUUUGUAGUAUCACAAUAUCUGUUCAUGCAUUUCUGUAAUCUACAAUGAUUUAUUUUUGAGUUUUACUCAAAGCUUUUUUAGUCGAAUGAAGACUAUUAAAAUGUAAGUCAUUAAAAAUAAUAGUUUAACAGUAACUUAUUCAUGUAUACAUUUCUUGCUUUAUGAGAACUGGUGAAAUCUGUAAUUUAAAAUCAUUUAACAGUGUCUUAUUUGAUCUUAUUUGAACUCUGACUCUAUGAGUAAUACAUUUUAAUUUGUUACAAAUGAACAAAUAAAAAUUUACGAACAAAACAAAA